UCGACGUGCAUUUCUAAACCAAAAUUAUGGGACUUAAAUACAUUCCCAUGGCUACCAAUAGAGUUCUUCCAACGAUACUUCUCUUUGUGCUGUUAGGUUUAGGUAUAUGUUCUGCAAGAAGAUCCCUAACUUCUCUUGAAGCACACACUUAUGGUGGUAUUGUAACUAGAGGUUUUGGUGGGGGAGGUGGCUCGGGAGGUGGUGGUGGUAUUGGAUAUGCAUCUUCCGGGGCAAAUGGGGUUAAUGCAUAUGGAGCUGGUGUUGGUGGUGGAGAAGGCAGUGGUGCUGGAUAUGGUGGCACUGGAAUUGGUGGUGGAGGUGGUGGAGGUGGCGGCACUGGGGGUGGUGUCGCUCAUGCUGGAGGAGCAAGUGGUUCUGGAUAUGCCUCUGGUGGGGGUGAAGGAGGUGGUGCUGGAUAUGGUGGUGCUACUGGAGUUGGUGGUGGUGGCGGUGGUGGUAGUGGAGCUGGUGGGGGUGGCGCCCAUGCUGGAGGUGCUAAUGCCGCUGGAUAUGGCAGCGGUGGUGGUGAAGGCGGUGGGGCUGGCUCUGGUGGUGCUAUAGGAUACAAUGGUGGUGGUGGUGGUGGUGGUAAUGGUGGAGGGGGCGGUGCAGGUUAUGCUGGAGCAGCCGGUGGUGCGGGAUAUGGUAGUGGUGGUGGUGAAGGUGGUGGUGCUGGAUAUGGAUCAGGAGGAGGCAAAGGAGCUGGUGGUGGCGGCGGCGGAGGAGCCGGUGGUGGUGCUGGAGCAGGAUCCGGUGCUGGUGGUGCUGGCUAUGGUGGUGGUGAAGGUGGUGGUGCUGGAUAUGGUUCAGGAGGAGGCAAAGGAGCCGGCGGUGGCGACGGCGGUGGAGCCGGUGGUGGUGCUGGAGCAGGAUCCGGUGUUGGUGGUGCUGGUUAUGGUGGAGGUGAAGGAGCUGGAUCUGGAGGAGGCUAUGGUGCUGGUGGUGCUGGUGGUGCAGGAUAUGGAGGUGGUGGUGGUGGAGGUAGUGGUGGAGGUGGUGGGGCAGGAUCUAGUGUUGGAGGAGCUCAUGGAGGUGGAUAUGGCGGUGGCGGUGGAGAAGGAGCUGGUCAUGGAGGUGGAGCAGGGGGAGCUAGUGGUGGAGGAGGUGGUGGCUCUGGUGGUGGUGGUGGAGGCGGCUAUGGUGCUGGUGGUGGAUAUGGAGCUGGUGGUGGGAGCGGUGAAGGUGGUGGCCAUGGAGGUGGAUAUGCACCAUAAGAGUUACCAUUGUGUUACUAAUGCAUUGAUACAAUUAUGCAAGUUUCAUAUAAAACUAAGAAAAGAAAAACCUACCAAUAAGGAGAUGCUUAUAGCUUAUGUGUUAUGUAUGAAAGCUAAAUUGUUGGUCUUGUAAUUGACGCAAUUGGUAAGUAAUUAAUAUGUUUUGCAGCAAGUAGAAUGCCAAGGUAGAUCAUCCAAAAUAUUAGGUAAUAUGUGAAUGCCUCCAUUUAGUGGGCUACUUGCAUUAUAUUACAUAUAUAAUAAAUGUGGGAUUAUAUA